GUAUUCCUCAGCUGCACGGACUCCGUCGACUUUCACUGGCGCCUGCUAGGCGAUUCGUCAAUGAAUGAUGGAAAGGCUGAUGCUGAAUCUGACGAGGACGAUACUAGCGACGGGGAAGACAAAAAGGUAGAUGCUUCUAUUACUGCACAGUCCCCGCUCCUUCCAGGUACCUCGAUCUUUCGUCUUCACGGUUCCCUUCCCACACCAAUCCGUCUCGCCUCUCUACGCGGAUUCUCGGCCAUCCCUUCCUCAAAGUCGAAAACAUCUGCACCCGUGUCGUCCAUCCUCCUUUGCACGUCCGUGGCAUCCCGUGGUCUCGACCUACCCCUCGUUCGCGCAGUCGUACAGUACGAUCUGCCAACUGAAGGUGGUGCGACCGAGUACGUGCACAGAGUGGGACGGACAGCGCGUGCAGGAAAGGGUGGUGAGGCUUGGAGCGUCGUCGCGCCAAGUGAGUCUGAAUGGGUGAAAUGGGUGGAGGGGAAGAUGAGAGGCGAUACAACGGGAGAACAGUCGGACAGCGACAAAGUCGACAUCACGCUUGAAGGGACAAGCAUCGAAAACGUGUUGGCGAAAGGCUUUGGCGGAGGAGGCUCCGAGUACGAGGCGCGCGCGACAGAAGUACAGCUUUCCUUUGAGCGAUGGGUUUUGCGGCGCAAAGAGAACGCUGAACUUGCUCGGAGAGCAUUUACUUCGCACAUGAGGGCAUAUGCAACCCAUCCCUCAAACGAGAAGCACAUCUUCCACGUCCGUCACCUCCACAUCGGCCAUCUCGCAAAAGCAUUUGCCUUGCGUGAAGCUCCGAAGACGAUCACUGACGGGAAGAAUAAAGUAACCGGUGCAUCCAAAGGCCGCGGUUCUCGUCCCGCUAAAGCCACAGAGCAACACGACGUCGGCGACGCAGAGAAACGGAUGCAAAAUAUUGUCCGUGCGCAGGGUCGGCUGUCGAAGAAGGGCGGCAAGAUGGUCAGUAGUGGGAUCGACGAAUUUCAGGUCACAUCAGGGGUUGCGUUGGACUCACUCGUCCAUGGUUAUCGAUCGUAG